AACAAAAACUCAAGGUGCGUUGCACUCGUUUUGUCAUUGAUUCCGCGGAUGCGAAAUAGCAUGCGGCAGUUGCAGGCAGAAAAGAGCACGGGCAACAGCUGCUGCGACAAAAGCCAGGCCAAAAGCAAAAGCAAAAGCCAAAACCAAAACAGCGAUUAUUUCAGGCAUCCGCCUCCACCUUCCCACCACCCCCUCUCCCCGCCAAGCCCGGUAACACAAAACAGAAAACAGAAACCCUUGCUGCUGCCUGUCUUUUGUAACGUGGCCAGAACGUUGCAAUUAUUAUUUUGUAAGACGUUUUACAAUUUAAUGGUUUUCAUGAAUGGACUUGGAUCCGACCCUCUGUCAGCAAAGGAGGCAGAGGGCCCUCCGGUUCAGGUUGAACCAGUUGAUUUGAGCUUACGAUCGCCGCGCGAUCAUUAUCUGCAUCUGCAUUCGGCGGCUAAGGCUAACAAGGCUAACCGCCGCGGCCGCAACAACAAAGCCAUCCAACCGACCGCACUGUGA